AUAGGGAUACAGGAUGAGGAGGAUUUACCAGACACAAUUGCUCAUCAACUGACAAGUGAAAGAGAUUUAACAUCUGUCAAUAACCACAUCUUUACAAUAUUAUAACUUUACUAUUUCAUAUCUGUUUUGUCUAGUCCAUUCUGAGUUUGGCCAAGUUCAAUCAGAGUUUGGACUAGAACACUUAGUGCAGUGUAACUUUGGACUGUAAUUUGUUCUUUCGACCAAGAUUGGUCUAGUCGAAUCUCCGAUCGUAGUUUGGACUACUGAAAUUACAGGUCAAACUCCGAUCGGAAUUUGGCCAAUCUGAGAGUGGCCUGGGGAGUUUGGACGCUGACAUAUAUAUGUUCGUGUUCGCUGAGAAAAAGAGAAAAAAAGAGAUUUAUUUUUCUUCUCUCUCUCCAUAUGACAUUCCAAGUUGUUUCUUUUAUCGUCUAGUGUCAUCGAUGUAAGAACAUCUGGUCAGUUUUUAUAUUUCGGAAUAGCCGGAAAAUUACGAUUAUUGAUACAGAAAAUUCUUCUUGGUUUAUUUAAUUUUAUAUUACCUAAACUUUGUACAGACAUUUUGAAUUUAAUGAAUGAUAUUCAUUCACCAUAUACAGAUCAGCAAACAGUUAUAUCCGCUAUAUCCUAUAUCGAUAACGCAAUGAAUAUGAAGCAAGUCGAACAUAAUGAAAAAUACCUUAAUCUGUACCGACUUGUCAGUGAUUUUACCGUAAUAUCUUUACGAGUACUUAUCGAACAAGCUAUUCACAUAGCAGAAAAAAACUGUCAGGAAGAGUUAGAAAAUUCACAAAAAGAAUUAUAUGACUUGAAAAUUCGUGUCGAAAAACAAUUUGGAUCAAUGAAAGAUUCAUAUGAACAAGAGAAAAAUUUAGCUGAAGUAGUUGGUGAAGAUAUAUUUAGUAAAGUAAAACGUUUGUUGUAUAAUACAAUAUCAGAUGAUAUUAAAAAGGAUAUAUUAAAAUCAGAAUAUGUUAUGCAUCAUUCAAAACAAGAACAAGCAUAUGUGCAAAGUUUCGAGCAAGCUAAUGGUGAAAAUAUUCUAAAAUAUGUAACUGAUAUAAACCAUUUCUUAGAAGUAAGUCUUAAACAUACUAAACAUAAAUUUCAACUUGUUUUACGUGAACAUACAUUUAAUUUAAACGACUUACUGUUCGAAAUAAUUAAUACAGCAAAUAAAACUGUUCAAGCACGUUCAUGUGAAGAACUUUCUAGUGUUAACGAUGUCAUUUAA